UCCAUCAUAUUUUUAUUUUUAAUUUUUAGUUUUACAUUAAUUUUAAAACAGUUGUCUAUUUUUACAUAGAAAACUAUUUUCAAAAUCAAAAUACACAUAUUUGGCUAAAAUUUAAAAAAUAAAUAAAACUUAGAAAACAUCAAAAAAAGAUGUUUUCACUGUUUUCAAACCCACAUGUUUUCACCUGCACCGCUCACACCUGAUAGAAUCCGGCUCUUCGAACAGGUCUCGAAUCGCCAUUCCUUCGACAGAUCUCGAGCAGAUAUCGGCUCUUGGAGUUCGAGGGAAUGAGAGUUCCCCGAUCUCUUGAGGUAUGGAAAAUGGGCAUGGUCAACUAUUUGGAUGCACUUAGGCUGCAGGAAAAACUAGUCUCUGCUAGAAAAGUUAAUAAGAUUUCAGAUACUCUCCUGUCCCUGCAACAUCCACCUACAUACACUCUUGGCAAACGGAGAACUGAUCAUAAUCUAUUAAUCCCCGAGUCUGACCUUAAGAGCAUAGGAGCCGAAUUACACCAUACACAAAGAGGAGGUGACAUAACAUUUCAUGGUCCUCAUCAAGCCAUCUUAUAUCCAAUUAUUUCUCUUCGGGAUAUUGGACUUGGUGCUCGGAAUUAUGUGGAGAAACUCGAGUUAACUAUGAUUGACUUGGCAUCUUUAUAUGGUGUUAAAGCUUCUCUUGGAGGAAGAUGUGAAACAGGUGUUUGGGUUGGGGGGAGAAAAAUUGGUGCAAUUGGGGUUCGGAUUUCAUAUGCAGUCACCUCUCAUGGACUUGCAUUCAACAUUGAUCCAGAUUUAAACUACUUUAAGAAUAUUGUGCCUUGUGGGAUUGCCAAGAAAGAAGUUACAUCACUGAGAAGGGAAACAAAUCUGGAGCUUCCUACAGAAGAAGUAAUUCAGGAGCAGUUGAUUCUUUGUUUCGCGAGAAUAUUUGGUUACAGUAGUGUUUCGUGGAAGGAGGGUGCUUCGUUGUUGAAUGAUAAGAAGGAAUUUGAUGAGAUAUAGCAAUUAUAUGCAAAGCAAAUAAUCUGUUCGGAUGGCUUUGGUUGUCUUGUUUGCCUUGUUCAUUCUCAUGCAAACUCUUAUGCAUUAUUCUCCGAUGUUACCCCACCAAUAUGAGAAACAACAAGUUCAUCUACGACACGCAAAUCAACCCAGAAGAAUGCUAGUUUCAGUUUCCACCUCGUUUGCUGCAUCUCUAGACAAGUUGAAUAAAAUCCUGGAUCAGAAAUCUGCCAAAACAAGUUUAAGAAAGGCGCCAUCAAGCAAAUCAAAUCCAACCCAGAACAAGUAAAACUCCACCACAUAUGUAUAUCUAUCAAUGUGUAGAGAUCUGAAAGAGAACCAUAUUUCUCUUUCUACAUUUUUGCAGUUUCCUUUUAUUGUUGGAUAGGUAGGAGAUUGGAUCUCUAUACAAUUUUCUAUUUUGCUUAUUUCUUUUUCCCCACUUUUUGUGUUUUAUAUAUCUAUUAUUUUUAUUUCU